UUGAAACUUCCCACCCGAAAAUCUCCCCACAAUCCCCAGCCAGCCACUCGCCACCGCCCCUCCCUCCCUCCCUCCCGCGGCGGCAAUCUAUCUCCCCUCCCCGCGGGUGGGAGUUCCGCGGAGCGAGCUGGGGGGGUGGAGGACCCCCGAAUUGCUCGAGCAGUUUCUUGGUUUCUUUUCCCCCCCGAUUCGGUUUUCUCUGCGAUUCCGGCUGAAAGAUUAGGUCUUUUUUCUUUCCCCCUUCGUUCCUUUGCGUCUGAGCUGCUCUGCUGAUCCCAGAGCGAUUCUUCGGAAAGGGGAAAUCUCUCCUCUUUUAGGGGCGAGGUCGAUCGAGAAAAGCGCCUUCCUUUUUCUUUCUCGGCAGUUGCUGAUUUCCGCAUGGGGCUGUCGCAAUCCAAGGAGGAGCUGCUGUAUCAGCAGGUGAACUACGGCAACGCCGAUGGGAUUCGGGCACUCCGGGCGCAGGGCGCGGGUCUUGAGUGGAUCGACAAGGAAGGGAAGACGCCCCUGAUGGUCGCGAGCAUGCGGCAUGAUCUCAUAAAUGUGGUUCAAGUGCUGAUUGAAUUGGGUGCCAACGUGAACGCCUACCGUCCUGGAUCGUAUUGUGGGACUGCAUUGCACCAUGCUGCCAAGAAAGGUCUUGAGCAGACCGUUCAUUUGCUUCUAUCUCAUGGAGCUAAUCCGUACAUAACAAAUGAUGAUUGCCACACUGCACUUGAUUUGGCUAGAGAAAAGGGUCAUGUAAAUGUUGUACGAGCCAUAGAGGGUCGUAUUGCUCUUUUUUGUGGAUGGAUGAGGGAGAAUUAUGGCCCUGGUUUUUUGGAAGCAAUUGCUCCACAAUUCCUGACUAGAAAAAUUUGGGCAGUGAUUUUACCCCGUGAAGCACGGAAUCAAACCAGGCCACUCAAGCUUGAGUUGGCAAUAUACCCUGAAUUGCAGGCUUCUAAACCACAAGCAGUAAUUAAACUUUGGAAAUGUCAACUUGAGGAACCAAAGUUUAAUGUUGCCAAUCCUUCCGUGACAAUUUUCGAUAAAGGAACAAGAACUCGAUACAGACUUCUAUCAGUGUGUGAUGGUGACAAACAGCAGCUACAAUGGUUUUAUAAUGCAUGUUGUGGCAUAGCACAGGCUGCAAGCAUCAGCAUGAUUCCUGCUCAACAAACGAAUGCCUCACUGCCAAAUCCAUUACCAGCAUCUUCAGCACCACCAGGGCCAUCCCCACCCAGCAAGGAGGAUGCUGAGUUAGUGAUGGCUAUCAAUGCAUCCAUCCAGUCAGCUAUAGCCGAGGGAGUACCCAAUGUUCAGCCAAUAGCAUCAACUACUGCGACCAAUGAUUGGGGAAACCCUCCAAGCAACUCCCUCAACGGAUGGGGCCCACCAGAUACUUCCGCGCCUUCAAAGACAAGUGGCCAAGCAUCAGCCAAUACAUCAAGCAGUAGCACAUACAAUGGGUGGGACGUUCCUGGAACAAGCUCGGGGCAAAGUUCGUCCAAACACAACAAAAGCCAAACCAACACUUUGGUGGUUCCACCGGAGGCACCUCCAUCUCUUCCAGUCCCAACUGCGCCGCCACUUGCUGUGGAGACCUUCUAUGAUGGUCCUGUUCAGUAUCCAUCAAUAGAUUCCACACCAGUUGCUGUAACCAUGCCGUCUACCGAAGGUGGUACAGCGGUAAGCCCUGGAAAUGCAAAACCUGUGGAAAGCGACGCUAACGCGAGCAGCAGCGGUAACACUCCCCCGGGCACUUGUGUUAUUUGUUUGGAUGCUCCUGUGGAAGGUGCCUGCAUCCCAUGUGGUCACAUGGCUGGUUGCAUGACCUGCUUGAAGGAUAUAGAAUCAAAGAAAUGGGGGUGCCCAAUUUGUCGAGCCAAGAUUAACCAGAUUGUCCGCCUCUAUGCUGUUUGAGCAAUUGGAACAGUUGAAAUAGUAGACAUGGGAAUGAACACUGGAUGUUUCUUCCUCGUUAUAAUUUCUGAUGGAAAAAUCUCCAUCUGUUAAGGUAUGUCAUGCUGUCGCUGUGAUUUUGUUGUUACAGUUUGUACUAAAAAAAAUUAUACAUUAUGUGCUGUGCAUUACUUGAAGCUAUCAAUUAUACAUCACAGUAGGGAACUUGUGUACAUGUAUAUAUGAGAGAUUAUAUAGUAUACAGAAGAUUAAGUGUUGGCAUUUAUCUGGCAGCUGGUAAUGUUGCAGCUAAA